AUGUCCCAGGAGCAGAGGUGCCGCGGGCGGAGGCAGCACAGGUGCCGCGGACAGCUGAUCCGGCUCUUCUGGCUCUUGUUCCCCCACGCCUGCCUGGUCCUCUCCCUGGUCCUGUACAGCCUCCUCGGGGCCUUUGUCUUCUACAAACUGGAGCAGUCGGGGCACAACGAAACCGAACUUAAGAAAGACGUCUUGAGAUCUCUGUGGAGCGUAUCCCGGUCCAACCUGACGUACGGAGAUUUCAAGGAACAAGCAGUGAAUCUGAUCUCCAGGUACAACAAUGCGACUAUUGAAUGGACCUUCCUGAGCUCCUUAUUCUUCUGUUUCACUGUGUUCAGUACUAUUGGUUAUGGCCGAAUGGCCCCCAUCACCACGGUGGGGAGAAUCGUCACUAUGAUCUACGCGGCCAUUGGCAUUCCCUUAAUGCUUCUUUUGCUGGCAGAUCUUGGUGACAUCUUGGCCGUCUUCAUGUCUCGGGCUUAUAACUAUAUUCUAGACUUUUGCCACAGAUGUUGCUCGCCCAAAAGCAUUAACAGUCUAAAACGUGGCCGGGAGAGCUCAAGGGCCGUGUCCUCUAUGGACAGCCAAGUGUCAAUCAAGGAACCGCUCAGCCUGACCGACAUAAUCAAGAACCAGGAGUUAGUGAAGACCAGCUACCUACAGCUGAAGAACCUGAAGAUAUUCGAACUCCUCCUAAUAAAGGACUGUAAGACACUUCUACCCAAGAAAGGUCCCCACAUGCGGUGCUACUCCUGCCCCGAGCUCGACAUUAAAGAAACCCCCCAUCCGGCCCUUAUAGACUUCAAGAACCUCGGAAAAGAACUUGAUCAGCUGGAUGUUCCGUUCCUCAUGAUCAUAUUUGUGGUGAUGGCCUUCAUCAUGCUGGGGGCCUUCAUUUUAACUCAGUGGGAGAGAUGGGACACCCUGGAAGCUUUCUACUUCUGCUUUAUCACGUUGAGCACCAUCGGAUUUGGUGACAUCUUUCCCGAGCACCCAAACUUCUUCCUGUUGCUGUCGGUGUACACAGUGCUGGGCAUGGCCAUCAUAUGCAUGGCCUUCAAACUAAUGCAAAACCGAAUGGUGUCAUUGUAUAGGAAGUGCAUCACCUAUGUGAGUAGGGGGGAGGUCUACCGGGUGCCACGUAAUAACCAGUCAUAACUGGGGCCAAGAUGUUGCCAUGACUAGGUGGCACAUACCAACUGGGAAAAGUGACAUUGUUGUCCUGAUGACUUUUUCCAUUAUAAAUUUGACCUAAAGUCUCAGCACAACUCACAUCUGUUGAGUAUGGCAUUGAGCGCAGACUCAGAGGUGAAGCCACCACCCAAGACCCAUCUAAUCCUGAUAUCUGUAUGGUUGGGAAAGAUCAGGGCCGGACUAAGACAUUGGCCCUGAUUUACAAAAAUUGUUGUGAGGUUUUUUUGUGGAUUUUAAUUCCCUACAAUUUUUUUCCACGGUAUUUACUAAGGUUUCCCUACAUUUUGCUUUUCUUACACAUGCUCUGAUCUGUCGGGUUUUCCUCAGCUCAAAUCCACCACAGUUUCUGUGGAAACCUUAGUAAAUAUGUUGGGUUUUUGUGAAAAUUAAUCUGCAGCAUUAGGUAGGCAGCAGUUCCCCCACAUUAGGUCGGCAGCAUAGUUUCCCCACAUUAGAUAGGCAGCAUAGUUCCCCCACAUUAAAUAGGCAGCAGAAGUCCCCCACAUUGGGUAGGCAGCAUAGUUUCCCCACAUUAGAUAGGCAGCAUAAAUCCCCCACAUUAGGUAGGCAGCAGUUCCCCCACAUUAGAUAAGCAGCAUAGUUCCCCCACAUUAGAUAGGCAGUAUAGUUCUCCCACAUUAAAUAGGCAGCAUAAGUCCCCCACAUUAGAUAGGCAGCAUAGUUUUCCCACAUUAAAUAGGCAGCAUAAGUCCCCCACUUUAGAUAGGAAGCAUAGUUCUCCUGCAUUAAAUAGGCAGCAUAAGUCCCCCACUUUUGGCAGGCAGCAUAGUUUUCCCACAUUAGAUAGUUAGAUACGCAGCAUAGUUUCCCCACAUUAGGUAGGUA